AUGCACAAGGCGCGUCAGAUUUUGCAGUCCAUCCAGCAGAAGACGGAGUUGCUUAGGAAACAACAAGCCCAUCGUCAAGCCGCGCUUAAGCAGCAACAGCAGAACGGUGGUGCCCCUUCUGCACCUCAGACUAAUGGCGCCGCUCCUGCCAUGUCCCCCACUGAUGCACAGCCCGCCGCUGCCACGACGAACGGAGCCCAAGCCUCUGCGCCUGGACAGCCCGAUGGUUCGACUGAUACGCCAUACUCCAAGGAGCAACAGAUCCUGCUGAGUGCUCAAACCAAGGCUUUCAUGUUUCUGCAAAAGAACAUGCCCAUCCCCGUGCCGCUUCAGGAGAAAAUCUUCCCGGCCAAACAAGGCCAAAAGACUCCAACCGUCGCGGAAGGCAUCGCUGCCGCUGGCAAAGUGUUGGAGCAGGAGUCGAAGGCCGUGGUCAAGACGUCUACGGGAAGCGAUGACCCCGGGCGACACCAAUACCUAGACUUUGAAGAUCCUCACAAAAACCAUCGCAAGAACAUCUCUUAUGCCGACCACACCUACCGCGAUGCUCGCAGCAUGAUCCCGAGCAUCAUGCCGCUUGGCGUCGACCCUGAACGCAUUCGAGAUGAGCGGGAGAACAUGAUCUACAACCGCAUUGUGGCGCGAAGGCAAGAGCUCGCGAAGUUGUCGGCCAAUAUCGGCGGAUGGGAUACGAGCAAGUCGGAUACGCCCACGGACAACAGCAACGUCAAGUUGAGGAACUUGAUCGAGUACAAGAUGCUCUGCCUGCUGCCCAAGCAGCGCGAAAUGCGACAAAAGAUCAGCAAGGAGAUGGCCAUGUCUGACAAUCUUUCCAUGACUGCCAACCGCUCGAAUUACCGCCGCAUCAAGAGACAAUCUCUGCGCGAGGCCCGGAUCACGGAAAAGCUGGAGAAGCAGCAGCGCGAUGCCGCCGAGACGAAGGAGAAGAAGAAGCACAUGGACUUUGUGCGCUCCAUCACGCAGCACGCCGAGGACAUCCGAAACGCCGCUCAUCAGCACAAGGCGCGUGUGCAAAAGCUGGGUCGCUUGAUGAUGACCACGCACAGCAACAUCGAAAAGGAAGAGCAGAAGCGUAUCGAACGGACUGCCAAGCAGCGUCUGCAGGCCCUGCGCGCCAACGACGAAGAGACGUAUCUCAAGUUGCUCGGCCAGGCCAAGGACAGCCGUAUCUCGCAUUUACUCAAGCAGACCGAUGGUUUCUUGAACCAACUCGCAGCCUCUGUCAAGGAACAGCAGCGCAGUAUGGCUGGCCGAUAUGGUGGAACCGCUCCAGAGGAGGAGGCGGAAGAAGAAGAGGUGGACAGCGAGGACGAGGCCAAGCCGAAGGUUGACUACUACGAGGUCGCGCAUCGCAUCAAGGAAACCGUCUCGAAGCAGCCCAGCAACCUUGUUGGUGGUACGCUCAAAGAGUACCAGAUCAAGGGGUUGCAGUGGAUGAUUUCGCUUUACAACAACAACCUCAACGGUAUCCUCGCCGAUGAAAUGGGUCUCGGCAAGACCAUUCAGACCAUCUCGCUCAUCACAUACCUCAUUGAGAAGAAGAACCAGCAUGGGCCCUUCAUCGUCGUCGUGCCGCUCAGCACCCUUCCGAACUGGACGAACGAGUUUGAGAAGUGGGCACCUACCGUGCAGCGCAUUGUCUACAAAGGGCUUCCGGGUCAACGCAAGGCUCAACAGCAGCAGAUUCGAUACGGAAACUUCCAGGUCCUCAUCACCACUUACGAGUACAUCAUCAAAGAUCGCCCGAUUCUGAGCAAGAUUCGCUGGCAGCACAUGAUUGUCGAUGAAGGCCAUCGUAUGAAAAACGCCAACUCGAAGCUGAGCAGCACCAUCACGCAGUACUACCACACUCGAUACAGACUCAUCCUGACCGGAACGCCACUCCAGAAUAAUCUUCCCGAGCUGUGGGCGCUGCUCAACUUCGUCCUCCCCAACAUCUUCAAAUCGGUCAAGAGCUUCGAUGAGUGGUUCAACACUCCGUUUGCCAAUACCGGUGGCCAGGACAAGAUGGACUUGACGGAAGAAGAGAAGCUGCUCGUCAUUCGACGUCUUCAUAAGGUCUUGCGACCCUUCUUGCUCCGCCGUCUGAAGAAGGACGUCGAGCAGGACCUUCCCGACAAGCAAGAGCGUGUCAUCAAGUGCAAGCCGUCGGCCCUGCAAGCCAAGCUGUAUCAACAGUUGAUGAACCACAACAGGAUCAUGGUCAGCGACGAUCAAGGGAAGAAGACCGGCAUGCGUGGCCUGUCCAACAUGCUCAUGCAGCUGCGCAAGCUGUGCAACCAUCCGUUCGUCUUCGAAGAAGUCGAAGAUCAGAUGAACCCGAGCCGCCUCACGAAUGACAUGAUCUGGCGAACGGCUGGCAAGUUCGAGCUGCUCGAUCGUAUCCUGCCCAAGUUUAAAGCUACGGGCCACAGGGUGCUCAUGUUCUUCCAGAUGACGCAAAUCAUGAACAUCAUGGAGGACUUCCUGCGUUACCGUGGCUUCGAGUACCUGCGAUUGGAUGGCUCCACGAAAUCGGAUGAUCGGUCGGAACUGCUGAGACUGUUCAACGCGCCAGACUCGCCGUACUUUUGCUUCUUGCUUUCCACUCGUGCCGGUGGGCUGGGUUUGAACUUGCAGACGGCCGAUACGGUCAUCAUCUACGACUCCGAUUGGAAUCCGCAUCAAGAUUUGCAGGCGCAAGAUCGUGCGCAUCGUAUCGGGCAGAAGAACGAGGUGCGCAUCCUCCGCUUGAUCUCAUCGCGCUCCAUCGAAGAGAAGAUCCUGGAGCGAGCGCAGUACAAGCUCGACAUGGACGGCAAGGUCAUCCAGGCCGGCAAGUUCGACAACAAGUCCACAAAUGAGGAACGGGAGCAGAUGUUGCGUGUGAUGCUGGAGUCUGCCGAGGUUGCGGAGACCAUGAUGGAUGAAGAGGAGAUGGACGAUGACGAACUCAACAUGGUCAUGCAGAGGAAUGAAAAUGAGCUGGUGGAGUUUCAGAGAAUGGAUCAGGAGCGGUACAAGACGCAGCGCUAUGGUCCUGACAAGAAGCUGCCUCGUCUGCUGGCCGAGAGCGAGUUGCCGGACAUUUACGUCAACGACGACUUCCCCGUGGAAGAGACGAAUGAUUUCAUCUACGGACGUGGCGCCAGAGAGAGGACAAAGGUCAAGUAUGAUGACGGUCUCACCGAGGAGCAGUGGUUGGACGCGGUGGAUGCGGAUGACGAUACCAUCGAGGAGGCCGUCGCGCGAAAACAGGCGCGCAUCGCCAAGCGACAAGCAAAGAAGGACGCUCGCAUGGGCGGGGGAAACGACCAAGCCGAGAGCCCGCCCGUAUCCCGCGAAAGCUCCGAGUCACCCGCCCCCAAGAAGCGCGGCCGCAAGCCCACCAAGCCGGAAAAGCGCAAGCACGACGAAGUCUCCGUCGACACGGCCCUCGCCGAACCCCCGAAAAAGCGCGGCCGCGGCGCCAAAGUGAGCGAAACGCUGUCCAAGGAAGACCGCGACACGCUGCAAACCAUCCUCGACAACGUGCACGACUCGCUGCAGGAUCUGGAAGAGGAGUCGACGGACCCCGAGCUGCUGAACCGCGGCAUCAUCGACCCCUUCAUCGACUUGCCGCCGAAGCAGUCGUACCCGGAUUACUACGAGCUUAUCAAGGACCCCAUCUGCAUGAAGCAGAUCCAGGCGAAGAUUAAUAAGAAGCAGUACCAGAACCUCAGGCAGUUCCGGCAGGAUAUUGCGCUGCUGUGCAGUAAUUGUCGGCAGUACAAUGAGGAUGGGAGUAUGCUGUACAAUGAUGCGAACUUGAUCGAGCGCGCAUGCGUCGACAAGUUGCGCGAAGAAACGGCCGACCACCCGGAGUGGCAGGAUUUCGACGACCAGACUUCCGGCGACGGAGCCUCGACCCGCCCCAUCUCGAGUGUGAGCACACCGCAGCCGCCGCAGCGCUCGGGAUUCAAAUUGAAACUCGGUGGGCCGCGCGGGGUGAACGGGAGCACUUCUCGUGGAGGGUCGGACAGUCUGGCGCCGAGUGAUGAUGAGGAGUAG